AUGGCGCCGAAAAAAGCUUCAGGUGUAUGGAAGUGUUUUGAGAAAGUGGACGGCGAUAAAAUAAAGUGCAAAACCUGUGAUUCCGUAUUUAAAGACUUUAAAAAUACAACUAAUUUGUUGAAACACCUAAAAAAAGCUUAUCCUAUCAUUUACUCGACUCACAUUCUCAAUUCUACAACGACCCCCGCGCAGAGUGAUGCCGAUUUAUUAAGUGAAGCUUAUGAUUCUGGAGUCGGAAGGCCACUCAAAGAAAACAAGAACGUCAAUCUAUGCCAGCCAAUCACAGACGGCGAAACUCAACCACCCCGAAAACGGACACUUCAAAUGACCUUUCCGUCUAAGCAAGUUAUAAAGAUAAAUUCUAAAAAUGUGGAUAAAGCGUUAAUCAGAAUGGUGUGCAAAUGA